AUGUCUUGUCCGGCUGGAUUUUCCUUCGAAUCAGAGCGGCGUAAGGCACCUUUUGCUGCCAUCACCGAAACCCUACAACCGGGCCAACGCUUUCAGUUCUGGGACUAUGAUAUCAUGUGGACAGAGAAGCACCUCCCCUCCAGCCGCCUUGAGCCUUUACGCAAGAUCGGUGAUCCUCUGGCUGACAACGCGUUGGAGGUCCUCAAGGUCAAGCAAGGCGAGGAUGCCCUCAAGGCCUUGGUCGCAUAUGUUUCUCAGCCCGAAGAGAAGCAAGAGAGUCCUGCACCUCGUUUGCUGAUGCAGCAGCUCAUGACGGUCCCUGAGUGGGUGAACUGGGAACAAGUCAAACGUGGUCAAGAAAUUACCAAGGUCCUCAACUCCACUGGCUACCUAUCUGGUAAAAAGACCAAGGAGCGUGUCCUUGAGACCUCGCAGUUCGUCCUCGAUGUCGUCCACUCGAUCGAUUACCUCCAACCAGGAACAGGCGUCGCCUGGGAGUCGAUCGUUCAAGUUCGAUUCCUUCACGCCAGCGUUCGCGCCCGUCUGUCCAAGAUUAGUCGCGCUCACUCAAAGUACUACAAUGUCGAAGAGCAUGGCGUUCCGAUCAACCAAGAGGAUCUCCUGGCAACCAUGUUCUCGUUCUCCAAUACCAUGUGGAGGGUGAUGGACUUCAAGAUGGGAGUCCACAUGACGACUCAAGAACGCGAGGAUUAUCUUCAUCUGUGGCGCUACAUUGGCUACAUGAUGGGUGUUGACGAUGUCCUUGGCGCUGCCCGUACACCCGAGAGUGCCGAUGCCUGUCUCGAAUCGAUUGUCCUCCACCUGACGGAUCCAGACGACGAGAGUGGACGCAUGUGUGCGACUCUUCUCCAGAACAUGGGGCCAAAACCGAUUAUCCCCGUCAAGAUCAUCAAGGCGAUUGGCCUGCCUGACCCCUUCAAGAUUCACAUGGCUUUAGCCGAGCAUCUGCUGGGACCUGUCUUUUGGAAAGAGAGUGGACUGCCGCGUAUGACGACUCCUUACCGGUUCGCCAAGCAGAUGAUUCUAAACAUUAUGUUGUUUGAUCUCUGGCUGGUGACAAAGUCGCCGUGGUGGUUCCGGAUCCGGAGUCCUAUGAUUCGCAAGGUCCAAAUGAUGGUAAUUGCCAAGAAGAUUGGGAAGCGGACCCAGUUUGAGUUGAAGGAGGUGCCGCAGGAUGGAGGAAAGGCGUUUGAUGGUCAGCCAGCGGGUGGGCCUAGGAAGGACGCGGACAGUGGUAGUGGGUCGUAUUGGCCCAAGAUGUUGACGAUUGCUUCUGCUGCUGUCGGCUUGGCGAUAACGCUUGCCCAAUAA